UCGCCGGACAUGAAAGUAGUAGAUAAUAGCAAUUAUUACAUUGCAGCCAAAGUAACGCAAUAAAAGUUAAGAUCUGAUUUCAAAUUAUAACUCAGCGAUGCAGUCUUUUUGAUUAUUCUUCUGUUUGUUCAGUUUUAAAGAUUACUGUUAUCGGUGUUAUGAUAAGAUCGCUUUAACAUUAUAAUUGUAAUUAUACAUCGUCACUCGCCCUCAAGAUUACAUAUGUAGUCCCACUACUUCUAUGGGUUAAGUCCACGAUUUUAAAGCUAUCAAGUUGAAAUUUACCGGCUGAUGUGCACUAGCGCCACCCGCCGGUCUUGUUCGCCAUAACAUUAUUUCGUGCGGAAUAAGUUACACGUGAAAGCUAUUUAUCAUAUCAAUUAUUGCUUAAUUUUCAAUACAAGUUUAAUUAUAAUAUGUCUAAACACAAGAAAAAGUCUUCGUCACGCGAAAGGGAACGAGGCGAAAAAAGAAAAUCCUCGUCUCGCGACAAGGAUUACGAAAUUUUGAAGAAAAGAUGCAGACAGCUAGAGAAAGAGCUGAGUGAGAAAUCAACGCGUCCAUCCAAUGGCGACCAAAAUGUCACAAAAAAUGAGGAAAAUAAAGAAGGCGAGGAGGAGGUAGUCAUCGUAAAUGUUGCACCGUUGGAUCUUUCGAAAAAUAACAGCACUGAAGGUCCCACAGCACCCAAGCCUGCUGAGAGUCGUCCAGUACUGGCAGAAAUUUCUCCCAACGUGAAAGAAGCAGCAGCAAAAGCGGCUGAGUUGUCGAAUAAUACGGUGAUGACCUCAGACUCAAAAAAUCAGAAUUCAGUGGCAUCGAGUGAACAAGAGACUCUUGAGGAAGAGGUAUUAAAAAUUAUUGGUAAAGACCCAGACAAUAAACAAGGUGAUUUAGUGUUGUCACCUCAUAUUACGUCAAGAUGGAACAAUUGGCUCAAGACAGGUCAACAAAAAGAGGUUAAGGAUGCUCUGCUACUAAAGUAUCCACGAACAGGAGAAUGCUACUUAGAGGCUCCCACCCUUAAUCCUGAAAUUAAAGCUUCGUUGAACGACGGAGCUUUAAAAAGAAAUAAAUAUUUCUCUAUUACGCAAAACCUUGCCGGUUCUGCUUUAUCGGCAUUGAGUCUUGUUAUUGACCCUUUGCUUCGGCAGAAAAAAGAUAUUGACUCCAAAAAGAUGUUAGAACAAUUAUGGGAGGCAUCUCAACUAUUAAUUGAGAUACAUCGAGGUCAAACUAUUGCCAGAAAAGCUUGCAUCCUGCCAAGUCUGGAAAAACCGAUUGCUAGUAUGCUGGAAAGAAUUGAAACAGACAAGUCAUUGUUUGGAGACAAGCUGGGUGAAAAGAUCAAGGAGUCAAAACUGGUUACAAAAAUAAGCCAAGAAAUAAAGGUUCAAUCAUCUCAAAAGAAGUCUGGGGUACACUCCAAUAAUUUAAACUUAUCAGGCCCGUCUGCAUCACGAUCGACGACUCAGUCGGGCCAGAAGAAGACCUAUCAGGCCCCGAAGUCGUCAUACUACAAUCAUCGGCCGAAGCCCUCUUCUGCAGCGAAGCAGAAGAACCAAUACCACAACAAGGUGUGGAACCGCAAGUAAAGAGAUCGACACCACCCGCUUGCCAGGAAACUUACCCUGGUUGCCGCCAAAUUGUCAGGAGCUCUUUUUUAAAAAAGAAUCUCCCGGAGGCUUCAAUGCAGAACUCGAUAAUAUAUUACAGUAGGUGUAUAUUUAGCUAAGGGUAGGAUAUGUUGUGUCCGAUGCAAUCUCUCAGGUUAGCUUCCUCUGUUGAUCCUUCUGUCUACUUAAUACGGAAGGAUUAGUCCUCAACACGUCACAAAUUUGUGUAUAAAACCACAUAUGUAGGAUGAUCGGGAAUAGAAAAAAACUCCAUUCGGCCACACGCGA